AAUUUAUCCAGCUGUAAAAUUAUUUCACCCUUUGCUAUCUUUGUUUCAGAUGCUUGUCGACUGUACUGGUGGCUGCAGGACCUGUCUAUGUGGAAAAUCCCCUGAGUAAUAUGCCAGAGAAGUCAUUACUUUCCUGAAGCUUGUGAAUCAUGGGAAAUGUGGAGAGUCACAAUGGAGCUCAUGUGCUCUAUGGUAAUGAGUGUGGCUAUUUGUCACGUAAGCAUGUGUCUCGCUCUCUUCGCAUCUCCAACAAGCAGUCCAGACGCUCUCGACAUGCUUUGUCUGGAAAAAUACAUCACAGGAAUUCUGAGACAAGCACACGCUCCAGCAGCACCCCAAGCAUCCCACAAUCCCUUGCUGACAAUGGCUUAGAGCCCUUCAACGAGACUAAUAUCCUGCCUGACUUUGGAAGCCCCAUUUGGAUGGACCGUGUGGCCAUGAACCUGCGGCCUGUGUCCUUUCACAAUGACCUGGCCAAUCCCUCCGUGCAUAUGCACAUAACGCUACCAGGGCCUACUGCCGAGGAGGUGCAGGAUGACGACUUGUAUGCAGGUGAGGUGACAUAUCUCCCAAAGAUUCGGGACUGUUCCGUAGAGGCUGUCGGCUUCAAGAAGAAGAAGAGGUCCAAGUCCGCAGACAUGUGGCGAGAGGACAGCUUGGAUUUCUCCCUCUCUGACCUCAGCCAAGAGCAUCUGACCAGUACUGAGGAGAUCAUAGACACGGCCAUUGAGAGAGAUUUCACUGACUGUGACGGCCCCCUGCAAUGCAGUCCCCCAGAUUCGACUGACAGGGCAAACUCCCUGGACGAGCUGUAUAACCAGAAGAGUCCCGUCUGCAGGAAAAGUCAUAGUCGCUAUGCCAAGUGGCAUAACGCCAACAGGGCUGUCGGGGAGGAUGAGAGCGAUAAGAUGCUCUCUCCAUCAGAUGAGGAUGGGAAUGCUUACGGUGCAUACACCCUUCCCUGCCGGCGUUCCCACUGCCUCUCCGAAGGCCUGAGCAGCCACCAACCUGCCUUGUCUGCCAGUAUGAAAGGCAGGAGGGCGCAGACGAUCCAGGAUGUCACAGCUGGCGAGGGCAGCGAGUACGAGGACAGCGGCAUCGACGGGGUGACUGCAGAUAUGCAGCACCAGCCCCGACGCUUCAAAACCAUGUCGGCCUCCUUCUCUGUGGGUUCGGCGGCCAGCAGGAGUGUGUUUGCCGGGAGCGACAGUGGCAGCAGCAGUGGUGGCGGUACUCAUGAGUGUGUGCAAGGUGUUUAUGAGAACUUUCGUCAGGAACUGGAGAUGAGCUCCUGCCAGAUAGAAACCUUGGAGGAGGCAGGGUCAGCCCUGAGCGACGAGCAGAGCACAGUGAGCUCCGCCUACCAGUCUGACCCAUUGCUUGGCAUUGCCCAAGGAAUGGUGCGCAAAGCUGGCAAACUCGCAGUCAAGAAUUUCCUCGUUCAUAAGAAGAACAAGAAAGUGGAGUCGGCCACCAGGCGCAAGUGGAAGAGUUACUGGGUUUCACUGAAAGGUUGCACUCUUUUCUUUUAUGAGACUGAUGGUCGUUCAGUGAUUGACUACAACAGUGUUCCAAAGCAUGCCAUCUGGGUGGAGAACAGUAUUGUCCAGGCUGUUCCAGAACAUCCUAAAAAGGACUUUGUGUUUUGCCUCAGCAACUCUCUGGGAGAUGCUUUUUUGUUCCAGACCUGCAGCCAAACAGAGCUGGAGAACUGGAUCACAGCCAUCCAUUCGGCAUGUGCCACUGCCGUUGCUCGUCAGCACCACAGAGAGGACACAGUGCGGCUGCUGCGAGCCGAACUCAAGAAGCUGGAGCAGAAGAUUGACAUGGAUGAGAAAAUGAAGAAGAUGGGAGAUAUGCAGCUGUCUGCUGUCACUGACACCAAGAAGAGGAAGACCAUCCUGGAUCAGAUCUUCUUGUGGGAGCAGAACUUGGAGCAGUUUCACAUGGAUCUAUUCCGCUUCAGAUGCUACCUGGCCAGUCUGCAGGGGGGAGAGCUGCCCAACCCAAAGCGACUCCUGGCAUUUGCCUCGCGCCCCAACUAAGUUAGCCAUGGGCCGACUUGUAUAUUCUCUGUUUCUUCCUUCCAUGCACUGGUGGCAGCACGCACAGAGAUGGGAGUGAGACGUCGCACACAGGCCAUGUCCCGCUCUUGCAGCAAGCGCAAGAGCAGGUUCUCAUCACUCUGGGGUCUGGACACUACCUCAAAGAAAAAGACAAAAGCCCAUCCCAGCAUCAAUCAGGUUUUUGCUGAUGGUGAAGAGACAGUGAAAAAGCCCACAGAUGGUCUGUAUGCUGAUUCUGCCAAGGAACACACAAAAAGUGAGGAUGGAGCCAUGAAAAGCCUUCCGCGACCGUCUACAGCAAGUGACAUCUGGGUUCCGGACCACCUUACGCCUUCUUGGGUGUGUUUGCCAAAUGAUCAGCCAAUACUAACAACCAUCCAGCCAGGGGAGUCUGCACUGUGCGUCCUGGAAACCAUCUGCAAGGCUCACCAGCUUGACCCCACCAAACACUACCUGCGGCUCAAAUUCCUCAUCGACAGCCAAGUGCAGUUCUACAUUCCCAAACCAGAGGAGGACGUGUGUGACUUGCUUUACAGAGAAAUUGAGCUCUGCCCCAAAAUAACCAAAUUAAUCCAGUUUGACAGAGAUGAAUCAUGCAUGAUUGGUUACGGUUUCUCCAUUUCUGUGGUAGAAGAGGACCAAAUACAGCAGCUCUUCAUCACUGAUGUGAAAGCGGGUGGAUUAGCUUUUGCUAAAGGUCUGAAUGCAGGGGAUGAAAUACUGCAGCUGAAUGGAAAGGACUCUCACAGUCUCAACUUCUCUGACAUGAAGUUGGCAUUUUCUCAAGCUUCACUGGCAUUAACUGUUAACACGCUGCCUCCAGUGGACCGUCGUCAACUGUGCUACCUGCCACCACGCCGUUCAGACGUUGAGCAAGACCUCUACACUGACAUCUUCUCUCAGAGUCAAGAGGAAAUCCUGGAUGAUGGAGUUGGACUGUUGGUGGAGAGCUCAGGCAAUAGCUUGGAUGACGACUCUGAGAACUUCAGUAAGAUCGAUGAAUGCAGAAAGAGUACAGAGCAGGUCGCUGCUUUCUGCCGCAGUCUCCAUGACAUGAAUCCUUCAGAGUGUGGGUCCUCUUCACCGAGCCCGGACUCGCCCUUUCCACCUCCUGCCACUCCCCGACAGCUGUCUGAUGCCGACAAACUCCGCAAAGUCAUCUGUGAACUGGUGGAGACGGAACGCACCUAUGUCAAAGAUCUUAAUUGCCUCAUCGGGAGAUAUUUAACCCCACUGCAGAAAGAGACCUUCCUCACUCAGGAUGAGCUGGAUGUGCUCUUUGGGAACUUGCCUGAAAUGGUGGCGUUCCAAGUCGAGUUUCUCAAGACCCUGGAAGAUGGGACCAGACUAGUGCCAGAUCUUGAGAAGCUGGAGAGAGUGGAUCAAUUUAAGAAAAUCCUCUUUUCCCUUGGAGGCUCCUUCCUGUACUAUGCAGACCGGUUUAAGAUCUACAGUGCAUUCUGUGCAAGCCACACCAAAGUCCCCAAGGUCCUUGUAAAGGCGAAAAUUGAUCCUGAUUUCAAAGCCUUCCUGGACGAGCGUAACCCCAAGCAGCAGCACUCAUCCACGCUAGAGUCAUACCUAAUCAAGCCCAUCCAGAGGGUGCUGAAGUACCCCCUCCUGCUUAGGGAACUCUACUCACUGACAGACCCAGAGAGCGAGGAGCACUACCACCUGGAUGUUGCCAUGAAAGCGAUGAACAAAGUGGCCAGCCACAUCAACGAGAUGCAGAAGAUCCAUGAGGAGUUCGGAGCUGUGUUCGACCAGCUCAUCACCGAACAGACAGGCGAAAAGAAGGAGGUGGCUGAUCUAUCGAUGGGCGACCUGCUUCUGCACACCAGUGUCACCUGGAUCAACCCACCUCCCUCCUUAGGAAAGUGGAAGAAAGAGCCUCACAUGGCAACAUUUGUGUUCAAAACAGCUGUGGUCUUUGUAUGCAAGGACGGGUCCAAACAGAAAAGGAAAAUGGGCGGCUCCCAUCGAGUCUCUGUAUCUUCAGAAGAGAAAGACCCCUUUCGAUUCCGUCACAUGAUUCCAACUAACGCCCUUCGAGUCAGAUCCUUGGCAAAUACAGAAGGUGAGGGCUCUGCCGUGUGUGAGAUUGUCCACACAAAGUCUGAGUCAGAGGGACGGCCGGAGCGUGCGUUUCAGCUGUGCUGCAGCUCUCCAGAGAGCAGGAAAGACUUUCUCAAGACUGUCCAUUCCAUCCUGAGGGAGAAACACCGCCGGCAACUCCUGAAAACAGAGAGUUUACCCCUCAACCAGCAGUAUGUGCCCUUUGGAGGAAAGCGCCUAUGUGCCCUGAAGGGGGCGCGUCCCACCAUAAAUAGAGCAGCAUCCGCCCCAACCAGGACUCUUGGCAGGAGGAAGCUUGUGCGAAACCGUUUCACCAUUGACACAGACAUUGUUUUUGAUGGAGAGUCUGAACAGGACCUCAACUCCUCUCCAGACCAGGAUUCAGGUCAGCUACCACAGGGGGAGGAACCUGACCAGCAGCAGUUAACGGCUGAUACUGACCGCUGGGUGGAAGAACAGUUCGAUCUCGAUGAAUAUGAGGAUUCAGAAGAGGUGAAGGAAACUGACAUCCUGAGUGAUGAGGACGUGUUCUGCCACACACCUCGACUGUUAUCCACCGAAGAUGACCUCGAGGCCUCAAUCACAGCUUUGUCUUUGGAGGGUGAGGAAACGGAGGGGAGUGAAGACUUAAUGUCACCUGUAACUGGCGAGAUAGCUGAGGAUUCAAAGGUAUGUGAUGUGGGGAUCCAGGGGAAUGAAGGGAUGGAAAAGAUGGAGGAGGACAUUUGGGUCCGUCGGGAGCAGUCGGACUGUGGUACUUAAAAACACGAAGGUCUAUGUGAGAGUGCGCGUGAUGGCUUUACACAGGCUCAUUAAAAGAAACAUCAUCAGUUCCCAAAAACAAUGCAUGGGCCCUACCGCUAUUAGAAGAUGUAUCCAUCUUUAAAAAACAAAAUGCUUUUUGUGCAGGUGAAAUUAUCACUGGAGCAAUACCGGAGCCCAGAGUGUGGGAGCAUUAUCCCAAAUCAGAUGCUGUCAAGUACAAGUGUAAGCUUUGGUAACUGUACAAUCAUGGAACCUAAUCAGUGGCUUUGAUUGGCAUGGUUUGCACAUUGAGGCAGUGUUCUGUAGUCCUGCCUGCUCUUGCCAAAUUUGGAUAUUGUGAUAACAUUAAUAUAUGUUUUGUCUGUGUGACUAAGAGGCAUAUAUAUAUAUAUAUAUAUAUAUAUAUAUAUAUAUAUAUAUAUAGUCAAGGGCUGCAUAUUAUUUGUCCUUACAGAAAUAGAGUAAAUAACCGCAAAGAACGGUUCAGUCUCGUAUAGUUUAUUGUAGUUGUAUUUUUUCACAUGAAUAUACACUGACAUGGUACAGGAACAGAUUUCAGCCUAUGUAUUAGUUUGAGCUCCUGUUUUACAGACUUAAUGGUAUGAUUUUAGCCUGACAAAUAUUUAGUUUGUUUUAUUAAAUGUAAUAACUGAAAUAUAAUAGCUCCUGUGUCACAGAGGCUCAGGAUUUUUUUAAAUGUGUUAACUUACUGUAAUCCUGUUUUACUUGAAUUUGCUGUUUCUUUUUUUUAUUUAAUGUGAAACCAUUUUCUUAUAUUUUCCCUUUUGGCUUUCAGUAUUGACAUUUAAAGGAUAUGUCUAUUUUUAACACUUCACAUUCUGUAUUGUAGAGCAUUCACCCAGCAGGCAUUGUUGUCUUCAGAAAGUGGUAAUGCUUUUAUUUAUUCACAUUAAAGUGUAAGUUAUCAAAACAACCUAAGUUAUAUAUUUUUCCACAAGGAAAGUCCAAAUUUGCUUAAGCAAUCAAUUGAGAAAAUGUGUGAAUUGUAAGGGGAGUCAUAAAUGUCAACAUGUCAUGCUAAGACUGCAUUUUUAUUACUUUGUAUAUAGAAAAUGUAUUGAUAUCAUAAUAAAUGCAUAAACCUGUUUCUUACUUA